AUGAAGAUUACCACACCACGUUUUUUACAUUCGCUUCCGCCAAUUUCCUUGACCGGGUUUAGCACACCACCACUCCAACAACGACUACAACACCUUCGACCUGUUGUUCCAAUACACCACCACAUUUUUGUUGCCUCGUUUUCCCAAACAGUAAUUUCCCAAGGCAAAUUAUCGAAAUUCUUUAAAGAGAUUUUUUCGCUGAAUGACCCCGACCCAAAACCGAAGAUAAAUGAUAGUUCAAGUAAAAAUGUAUAUAAAACCUCCUCACAAAAAGCAUCACCACCUCCGCAACCUUUACCACGCCAAGAAACAAAAAGAGCAUUAGAGGAUUACGAAGAUGAAGACUUAUUUGAGGAUAAUGAUAUGGAUGAAGAGAAGAGAAAAAAAAACAAAAAAUUGAAUAAAAUCCCGAAAAAGCUUCCAGCUAUACCAACAAAGACCCCGCAAGAAAUUCACAAUAUAAUGUUCAAUAUCGUGAUGAAGCAUUGUCAGGGUAGAACAAAUCAGGAUGAUUGGUUACAAUUUCGAUUCGAUGAAGAACCAUCAUUGAAAUUUAAGAUUCUUAAAGACUGUACAGCAGCAAUAUCCAGAGAGAUUCCCAAUUUUGAACUCAACAAGAUGCGAACAGUUAACGACGUGAUAAAAUUUUACCUAACAGAACAGGAACCUGAUGAACGAUUAGGCCACCCUGUUGCCGAUUGGUUUGAGAGAAAUAAAGAUAGAUUGCCACCGAAUAUGCAUUUCGUGCCAUAUGUUAAAGAAAGAAAUGUACCGGAAAAGGAGAGAAUGAGACCGAAUAAACGAGAAUUUUAG